AUGGCUUCAUCUUCGUCUGCCCCCCAAGGAGUCCCAGACUUCAACCCGUUCGAUGCCCUCGAUGUCUGCGUCGACGACCCCAACAAGAUCGGAGACGAGGAAUGGAAGAAGUUGCUCUCACAAAAACAUCGCCGUAUCUGGAUCCACUGCCACCCCGACAAGCGGGCUGCUGUCACGGCCCACGCGUUCCCAAACUGGCCACAAGCCCAGGAGGCAUACGAUUUCCUCUUGGACACGAACAAGGCCAAGUGGGCAUACAAGAAUUACUACGCUAAACGAACGUAUCCGUUCUUUCCCUCACUCCCGUACGGCGAUGGCGGCGUCUUUCGCCUGGACGUCUUCCCAAACGUCAAUGAGCCGAGAAAGCGAGGCUACCAGCCUACUCCCGUGCACCUGGCGCUCGAUUCCAAGCUUGACCCAAACGCCGAAUACCUCCCGGAGGGUGAUCGACUCAAUCCUGUUCAGAUGGACGCGGGGCCAGGCCCGAGCUCGCAUGAUCUCCCGAUCCUCAACCGGGAGCGCCAACCCUACGGCCCGGGCCUGGCUCCAAGCCCACAUAUUACCCCCUCUGCCGGGCGUGAAGGCCAGCCCCGCGUUCCAUCCGGCAGCUCCAACAACCCGUUUGUAGUCGGAGACUCGCCUGAGGCUGCAAAGCGUCGGGAAGUGACCCCAGGUCGCUCUAACAACCCCAUACCCCUCGACAGCGACCACGAGGACGCCAUCCUCGACGACCCCGAGGCCGUUGUUGUCGUUGAUGAGCCCCGACGUGGCGGUGUUCAGGUGCCCGGCGUCAAUUCCGCAAUUGGUAUCUUCGUUGGAUGGCCAACCGAAAAGAUGCACAUACCCGUUGACCUACGCCCUAUCGUACUCUGCAAAUUCACUACCGCUGGGAGCUUUUCUAAAAGGGUCAAGAGCCGCACCUGGAAGGAUGAUCCAGUCGAGAGGAAAUACUUGGACCGCGACACCCACAUCCGGGCCGAUGCAAUCAAAUUCAACGACACCUUCAGCAGCUGCAUGUCCGAAUCAACCGCAAUCCUUACGAUGCCGGACUUCUUCUGGGAUGCCGACCAUCACUUCGCUGGUCCAGAGCACGACGGUCUACCUGCGGACUUCUGUCCCCCCGAAGCCUUCCAGUCUACCAUUAACCAUAUUAUGAAGAUGGAAGCCGAAGAACUCAUCGUCCCUGACUCCGAUUCCGACGAAGAUAGCGGUAGCUACGUCAACUUCGCCCCACUCCCUCAGGGCAGUAUCAAGUACUUGCUCGAGCAUGUGCAGUUGCUCGACUCGAACCUGCCCAAAAACCUGGUCAAGAUCUAUGUCAAGAUCCCAGAGGACGCCAAGCACCUUGCAGGAAAUAUUGACGGAAUAUCCAGCUGGCACUCAAAGGGCACAAUGAGCGACGAGGACGUUUGUUUGCAUGAGGCAGAGGAGUAUAGGGAUUUCUCUUACAUUAACCGCUUAGCUACCAUCGUCUUUGAAGAAGUCGGCGAGGGACAGGGUACCUACUGGGAUGAUCAUCCGGUACACAUGGGUACAGAUGGCAAGAACAUCGUUAAUGAUCUCAUGAUAUAUAUGGAGAUGGCCCACUACAUGGGUUAA